GCCUCCGGCCGCGCCGCCCCCGCGCCCGCCCGGGCCCGCGCGCAUCGGCUACUACGAGGUGGAGCGAACCAUCGGCAAGGGCAACUUCGCCGUGGUGAAGCUGGCCACGCACCUGGUGACCCGCGCCAAGGUUGCUAUAAAGAUCAUUGAUAAGACACAACUGGAUGAAGAGAACCUGAAGAAGAUAUUUAGAGAAGUUCAGAUCAUGAAGAUGCUUUGCCACCCACAUAUCAUCAGGUUAUACCAGGUGAUGGAGACGGAGAGGAUGAUUUAUCUAGUGACAGAGUAUGCGAGCGGAGGGGAGAUAUUUGAUCACUUGGUGGCCCACGGACGGAUGGCUGAGAAGGAAGCCCGGAGAAAGUUCAAGCAAAUAGUGGCCGCCGUCAACUUCUGUCACUGUCGGAAUAUAGUCCACAGAGAUCUGAAGGCAGAAAAUCUGCUUCUGGAUGCCAACCUUAACAUCAAAAUAGCAGAUUUUGGGUUCAGUAACAUCUUCACACCUGGUCAGCUGCUUAAAACGUGGUGUGGGAGCCCUCCCUAUGCUGCUCCAGAGCUCUUUGAAGGAAAGGAGUAUGAUGGGCCGAAGGUUGACAUUUGGAGCCUCGGCGUGGUGCUGUACGUGCUGGUGUGUGGUGCUCUGCCCUUCGACGGCAGCACGCUGCAGAACCUGCGCGCCAGGGUGCUCAGCGGCAAGUUCCGCAUCCCCUUCUUCAUGUCCACAGAAUGUGAGCAUCUGAUCCGCCACAUGCUGGUCUUGGACCCGAGCAAGCGGCUCUCCAUGGAGCAGAUCUGCAAGCACAAGUGGAUGAAGCUCGGGGAGGCAGAUGCGGAGUUCGACAGGCUGAUCUCAGAGUGUCAGCACCUGAAGACCGAGAGGCAGAUGGAGCCUCUGAAUGAGGACGUGCUGCUGGCGAUGGCGGACAUGGGGCUGGACAAGGAGCGCACCGUUCAGUCCUUACGAGCCGAUGCUUACGAUCACUACAGCGCAAUCUACAGCCUGCUCUGUGACCGCCUGAAGCGGCACAAGAACCUGCGCAUCGCCACGGCGCCCAGCGUGCCACGCACCAUCCCCUUCCCCCCCUCUCCCAGCAUCCAGCAGGCAGAACAGACAGGCAACACCGUGAGCAUCAACGUGCCACAAGUCCAGCUCAUCAACCCCGAAAACCAAAUAGUGGAGACUGACGGGACGAUGAACCUGGACAGCGAUGAAGGGGAGGAGCCGUCGCCCGAAGCUCUGGUCCGUUACCUCUCGAUGAGGAGGCACACGGUUGGAGUGGCCGACCCACGGACGGAAGUCAUGGAAGAUCUGCAGAAGCUGCUGCCUGGCUUCCCCCGUGUCACCCCUCAGGCUCCCUUCCUGCAGGUGACCCCCAACGUCAACUUCAUGCACAACGUGCUGCCCAGGCAGAACCUGCAGCCCACGGGUCAGCUGGAGUACAAGGAGCAGUCCCUGCUGCAGCCCCCCACGCUGCAGCUGCUGAACGGCAUGGGCCCGCUGGGGCGGCGUGCGUCGGAUGGCGGGGCCAACAUCCAGCUCCACGCGCAGCAGCUGCUGAAGCGCCCGCGAGGGCCCUCUCCGCUCGUCACCAUGACGCCAGCCGUGCCAGCUGUGACCCCCGUGGAUGAGGAGAGCUCGGACGGGGAGCCAGACCAGGAAGCUGUGCAGAGAUACUUGGCAAAUAGGUCAAAAAGGCACACUCUGGCAAUGACCAACCCUACAGCUGAAAUCCCUCCAGACUUGCAGAGGCAGCUAGGACAGCAGUCCUUCCGACCCCGGGCUUGGGCUCCACACCUGGUACCCGAUCAGCACCGUUCUAUUUACAAGGACUCAAAUACCCUGCACCUCCCCACCGAACGCUUCUCCCCGGUUCGGCGCUUCUCCGACGGUGCUGCCAGCAUCCAGGCUUUCAAAGCCCACCUGGAGAAGAUGGGCAAUAACAGCAGCAUCAAACAGCUCCAGCAGGAGUGCGAGCAGCUUCAGAAGAUGUACGGCGGGCACAUGGACGAGAGGACGCUGGAGAAGACGCAGCAGCAGCACAUGUUGUACCAGCAGGAGCAGCACCACCAGAUCCUCCAUCAGCAGAUUCAGGACUGUAUCCGGCCACCUCAGCCUUCUCCACCCUUGCAAGCUCCGUGUGAAAACCAGCCAGCUCUGCUCACUCACCAGCUUCAGAGGUUACGGAUUCAGCCAUCCAGCCCACCCCCGAACCAUCCCAACAACCAUCUCUUCAGGCAGCCAAACAGCAGCCCCCCUCCUGUGAGCAGCAGCGUGCUCCAGCCCCAUGGUGCUGCUUCCCAGUCCCAAUUCCAAGGGAUGCCAUCCCACACCGCAAUCUUCCCGCAGUCCGGUAACUGUUCCCCUCCCCCAAACCUGGGGCUGACGUGCCUGGGCUUGCAGCAGCAGUCACAGCCUCAGCAGGUCACUAUCCAAGUGCAGGAGCCCGGCGACAUGGUCAGCAGCAACCUCCUGCAAGGGGCGUCGGUGGGCGCGCAGGGCCUGGCAUCGCACACGCGGGGCAUGCCCAUCAGCCCCGGCGCCAGCCAGAUGCAGCUGCAGCACCGCGCCAGCCUCAUGGCCUCGCUCUCCUACGGCCACAGGCAGCUCUCCAAGCAGCUCAGCGCCGACAGCGCCGAGUCGCACAGCCUGAACGUGAGCAGGUAUCCCCCCGCCAACUACGACCAGGUGCACUUACACCCCCACCUGUUCUCGGAGCAGCCGCGUGUGUCCCCCAGCAGCUACAACCCCUCGGGAGCCGUCGGCUUCCCACCGGCACAGCAAGCUCUGAAGGUCCCGCAGCUCGACCAGUACCCCAGCUUCCCUCCGAACGCACAUCAGCAGCAGCAGCAGCACUACACGGCAUCGGCACUACAGCAAGCACUGUUGUCCCCAACGCCCCCCGACUACAGCCGACACCAGCAGGUACCGCACAUCCUCCAGGGACUGCUUUCCCCCCGGCACUCACUCACGGGGCACACGGACAUGCGGCUGCCCCAGGCAGAAUUUGCACAGCUCAUCAAACGGCGGCAGCAGCAGCAGCAGCAGCAGCAGCAGGAAUUUCAAGAGUUGUUCAGGCACAUGAGUCAAGGGGACGCUGGGAACAUGGGCAGCAGCGUGGGACAGAGCCUCUCAGAGCGCCAGUCGUUGUCGUUGCCUUAUCAGAGCGCUGACACGUACCACCCACAGAGCAGCCCCCAGCACCUCUUAAAAAUCAGGGCGCAAGAAUGUAUCCAGCAGGUGCCCGCCUCGGUGCAGCCCCACGGAUACGUCCACCAGCCCGCCCUGUUCCACUCGGAGAGCAUGGAGGAGGACUGCGCCUGCGAGGGCGCCAGGGACAGCUUUCCAGACAGUAAGAGUUCAAACACAUUGACCAAAGGUUGCCAGGAGACCCCUCUGCUCGUAAACGCGGGGCACGGGGACCCAGAGUCCUUGCUAGGAACUGCUCCCCAGGCGCAGGAGCUGGGGCCACAUCCGUACCGACACCCGCCCGCGGCGGGCUUCAGCAGGAGCAAGGUGCCCAGCAGAGAGUCCAUCGUAGGGAACUGCCUGGACAGGAGCUCCCCCAGCCCAGCGAUGCAGGUGCCCGACCACAACGGCCUGGGCUACCCCGUGCGACCCGGCUCCGGCGAGCACCCGCGGCCCCGCACGCUGCAGCGGCACCACACCAUCCAGAACAGCGACGAUGCCUACGUGCAGUUGGAUAACUUGCCAGGAAUGAGUCUGAUGGCAGGGAAAGCGCUCAGCUCCGCUCGGAUGUCGGACGCCGUCCUCAGCCAGUCGUCACUGAUGGCCAGUCAGCAGCUCCGUGACAGGGACAGCGAAGAAUGUGGGGAGAGUUUGGAAGGUCAAGAGCAUCCCAACUUAGGUGAUGGCAGCCAGCACCUCAACACCUCCUGCUACCCGUCGACGUGCAUCACGGACGUCCUGCUGAGCUACAAGCACCCGGAGGUGCCCUUUGGGAUGGAGCAAGCGGGGGUGUAACAGGAGGGGGCUCUGUGUACAGCUUCGAAACGAAAAGGUCCAUUUUAAACCAACAGUAUCUAGCAGCAUCGCGCCAAAUCGCCGUAGUAUUUCUGACUAACUGGAAUACCAUGGCCCCUUCCCUCAUUGCCCAGUGUGUUGUUCCUUUGGUUUCUUUAGUUUUUUUGCCAUAUUUGCCUGUAACUCCAGCGAUCACCGAAAUAACCAGAGAGCCCGAGCGCGCGGCGGCAGAGCGCCCGCCCAGUACCGAGCCUGGUGUGGAGGUUGGGGCCCGGCAGGCGCCGGGGGCUGCUCCGGCCGACAGACGGACGGACGGACAGACGGACCCCCGCCAAGGGCAGGGCGGGAGGGAGGGCAGCGGGAGGUGCGGAGCAGCCACGUCCCGCGCCGCCUGGGUCCGUGCGCAGGGCCCCAGGGAGCAGCCCGUCCCCGCGCCCCGGCCGCCUCGGGCUCCGCUCCUCUCUCCCGGCUUCCCACGUAGGGAAGACGAGUUUCUCUUUGUUUUCUCGGCUUCUCCUCCCGAUCAUGUAGGAAUUGUUUUUGGUAAAUGUUGUUUUAUUAUUAUUGUUAUUAAUAAAAGGCGAAAGGAAUUUCUGUUUGAGAGGAAUUUUUAACUAGAUUCUGUUCUAUAUGAAUUGUGACUUGCACCUUCUGUUCAAAGUAUUUGAUUUCUCUUCCCCACGCCAUUGUACUUGUGGCUGGUUCUCUCUCUCGUGCCAGUGGCGACCGUGGUGUUGUCCCUCACGCCCUUCGCUUCCCACGCGCGCAGAGCUCCUCCCGCUCCUCCUCCCCGGGCUCCCCCGGCAGCCGGCGCCCGCAGCCCCCCGGCCGGGGCUCGGCAGCACUCGGCGUCACCGUUGCCUUCGGGACUCUACAAGCCACAGCUCAGACCCUUCUUACUGACACUUUUCUGGGAUAUUUUUUAAACGAGGAUUAAACAGACACCCCCCCCCUCACCUCAACCGACGCAGCCCCUCCUGAGUUUGCACAGCAGGAAGUGUGAGACCAGCACGGCAGAGGUGACCUCGCUGUCCUUCCCCCGGCCCCGGGACGCCGCUGACGCCGUCCCAGGCGGGAGCGAAGCCUCGCCCCGGUCCCCCCGGCCAGGGCAGCCCCGAAGCCUUCCGCUCGCUCCUUCGUACCUUUGGUUCGUUUUCCUUCUGUUUACAUGACACUGUACUUGUGGGCGAGGCGGCCGAGCGGGGCCAUGCCAGACCUCGCGCCGUUUCGCAGCAUCACACGUUUUUUUACCAUGGCUUUGUAUCGUAGUCCCCGACACGCGCAGUAUAUGUUGAAUGUAUAUUAAUAUACUUUGCUAUUAUUUCUGGGGUUUGGAAAUGUCUGGAAGUAUUUUUUUCUUCCUCGUCGACGUUGGGACUUAAAAACAGAAACGUUUCGGUAAACCUUCAGUCCAUUUUUCUUUUGGUGGGUCACUUGCAACUCGUCACUUAGUUGGACAGUGGGAUCAUGACAAAUAAAACCAUGAUGAUGAUCUUC